AUGCGCGACCCGUCUCCAGAUGCAUCUUGCAGCAUGCCGCCGGAGUCGGCAUCUGACAAACAGCAGGACCCAGAGGGUGAACGGAAGCAAGACGAUCACGAUGCUGAGCUCCUCUCGGCAGAGCAGCCGAGCCUAAUUGCUGCUAAGCUGCAGGGCACCGAUGGCGCUGAGCAGGCUAAAGCCGCCGAUCAGCUGGGGGAUUCAGCCACUGCUGGAGAUGCAGCCAGCAGCCACAGCAGGAGCAGGAGUGCUAGUCCUACCAGGUCCGCCCACAUUCCGCAGCAGCGCCAGCAGCAGCCACAGCCUGAAGCUGAGGCUGCUGGCGAACAUUCUUCCCCUCCGCUAGAACCACCCAACAAUCAACACCCAUCUCUGCCAUCCCAACUAUCGCCGCUGCCCACCCAGCUACACAGCAUUGACGAGGCACCAAGCCCUCCGUCACCCCGUUCACCGCCAGAACGCUCGGCCAGCCAUUCUCCUGUCCAGCAUUCCGUCGCCGACGGCGCUUGCGACACCUGGGCCAGCUCCUCUGCCUCGCCCGCCAAUGACAGCGGAAGAGUUGCCCGCCGCCGAGACAAGACACCCGACACGUUGUCUCUGAAUCUCCACGAUAAUAAUAAAUCCCUUCUGGCAGCUGAACCACCCAACGUCGACACACCUGCCUCCCCCAACAUCCGGACCCAGCUACCUAUACGGCGCCAGAGCCUGCUGAGCAAUCGUCAGUCGAAUUUGAUCCAUUCUCUUCUGGGUGCAUAUGAUACCGAAGACAACGGCAGCGGUCUGCCUCCUCUCGACAUAGUUGCCAAGAUGGCACAGCGCAAGAUCUGGGUAAAGCGACCUAACGCUUCGCCUACUCUGGUCAUCGUUAACGAGGACGACCUGGUCGACGACGUCCGCGGAGCGAUUUUGCACAAGUAUGGCAAUUCGCUUGGCCGAAGCUUCGACGCCCCCGACUUAACACUCCGAAUCUGCCCCCGCGAGCAACCACAGCGUGAGCGUAUUCUCGGCCCAGAAGAGCCCAUCUGCCGCACCUUGGACACCUGCUUCCCUGAUGGUCAGCGUGUAGACGAGGCUCUCAUCAUCGACAUUCCUGCUCGCCGAACGCCGAGACCGUCCCCGCGAAUCCAAGCUGGAUAUUACAUCAAUGACGAAGGCCGGCCAUCAGAGGCUGCCGAGGGCUAUUUCCCACCUGUUGGUGGCAUACCUUCACCCCAUCAUACCGUCACCGUCCAGCCACCAACUAAUGGAACAGUCCCUCACUCAAUCGCCGUUAUUGGCACCGGUCACAUCCCUCCGAUCCCGUCGCCUGGUGGCACGCGGCCGCGAGUCGUCAGAGAACGCACCAAUCGACCCAGGAUCACAAGAACACAGACAUCCUCGCCGUCAUAUGUAGCGGCCCACCCCCAAGGCGCCUCAAACUCCGUCGACAAUACCAACUACGGCCACGGUACGCAGCACUACACCUCACGACCUUCUCAUUCGCGGGCCCAUUCGAAUUCCUCGGAGUAUCAAAAGGGCUUGCCACCGCCAACAAACCCUAUAACCUCCUCCCCAGGACCUAUCAUCUCGCAUGCGCGCUCCUCGACUCCCCCUCCCCGAAUCUCCUCCCCUCGCCCGAACGCAAACCGUAAGAAGUCUAGGAGAACAGCCGAAUACCCCUCCGCACAACCCGCCAUCAAUGUCGGUGUUCCACCCAUUAAUGUCCUUAUCGUAGAGGAUAACCCCAUCAACCUGAAGCUGUUGGAGGCCUUUGUCAAGCGGCUCAAGGUUCGGUGGCAGACGGCAAUGCACGGCCAGGAAGCGGUAGAUAAAUGGAGAACGGGCGGCUUCCAUCUGGUUUUGAUGGAUAUUCAGCUCCCGGUUAUGGAUGGCUUGGACGCAACACGUGAGAUCAGACGACUUGAGCGCGCCAACAAUAUCGGCGUGUUCUCAUCUUCGGACGGCCUGCCGGAAGAAUCCGAUGGCGACCUCAAGGAGCAAGACCGACUGCAAAAUAAAGAGCUGUUCAAGAGCCCAGUCAUUAUCGUGGCCCUGACAGCGAGCUCGCUCCAGAGUGACAGGCAUCAGGCGUUGGCCGCUGGUUGCAAUGAUUUCUUGACAAAGCCUGUCAACUUUGUGUGGCUUGAGCGGAAAGUUAUGGAGUGGGGCUGCAUGCAGGCGUUGAUCGAUUUUGACGGCUGGAGAAAGUGGAAAGACUUCUCCCAAUUAAACCAAGAAAGUGAGGCAUCCAAGAAAGCAGCCGCUGCUGCUAAGGCCAAGGCGACGAAGAAGAAGAACCUCGAAGGGGCAUGCGGUGCAAUUGAGUUCCACUCGUGUGAACUCCAAUUGACCAUGGCUCCCAGAAUAUGCGGCACGUCAACGACGCUGGCGUCGCUCGAUGCAUGCCUCCAGACCUCCAGCCGCCUCGCUGCCCACGCGACGAGAUCCUUUUCCUUAACAUGCCGAAACGAAAAGAUUACCAAAGGCCGCUAUGAGAUGGUCAAAUGGAUCAAGGAGAAGGCCACGAAUAAUUUCGACAAGAAUCAUCCCACGUAUCUUGGCCCCCAUGUUGACCAACCUUUCCCGUCAAACCCUCUAUUCCGCAGUCAAAGUGUGUUGUCGGAAUCGAUGAAGAACAGGAUCUAUACGCAGGUAAUGGACCACGGUGUGGCAAUGAAGGCCGUGUCCGAAGAGAUGCAGGUCGAUGUGAGGAGAGUGGCCGCCGUCGUACGAUUGAAAGAGCUCGAGAACCACUGGAAACUUGAGGGCAAGAAAUUCGCAACCCCAUAUGCCAAAGCCGUCAUGAAGAUGCUCCCCCAAUCCAAGUGGGCUCAAGGCGAUAUGAACAUCCCCCACGAACCCAUCAACGACAUCCCAGUCCACAAGCUCUCGAUGCAGCAGCUCUUCGUACCAGUCUCCGAAUCGCGCCACUUCACCCGUGAAGAUGCCGCCAAGGCUUUCCACGAGGGUCUCCUGUCGGCCGACAAGCGAUCGCCCCAGCGCGAGCUGAUUGAGAUCGAGCGCCAGGCCGCCGAGGAGGGCGGUGAUCGGGCUACGAGCAUCGAGGAGUUCAGGAAGGAAGCACAGGAGGCCGAGGAGGAAUACGCGGCCGAGCUGGCCCGGAAGAGCGAACUAGAGGCUGCGAGAAUCAAGAAGCAGCACAAGGGGCGAUUCGAGUUCAGGAUCAAGAGGUACAAUUCCGAGACCGUGGGCAAGUACGGCAGGGCGCGCGAUGCCACCGGCUGGCGGUACGGUCAGGCUCUCCAGGACCGCAAGCGGGGGAUGGUCAAGAUCCCCACGUCUGUUCCUUGA